GUGGAGUCUCAGGUCUGCAGUUUUAGCAACAGCCAUUGUGCUGAUAAGACUAAUGCUGUUUCUUGUCUUAUUUCUAGAAUCCUUCUCGCAGGGUGGUGAUAUUGCAGUUUAUGUGUUGAUAAUAAUUGAGGGGGUUCUGGCCUAGAGUUACUACUAUUCGGUCAUGUCAAUAAUAUUCUGGGGCUGUUAAGGGCUGUGGGGAUGGGGAAAAGAAGAGACACAAAGUUGACCAUUUUCCUCACCAUUUGCGAGGAUGAGCCCAUUUAAUCUUAAACGGACCUGUUAUUAAUGCGACAGGAAUCGCAAUCAAAAUAAAAAGAAAACAGAAAUAAGAGGCGAAAGGAAUGGUCAACGGGGAGACAGGACGACGGGCCUGCAGCGUUUAACCCGCCCCCCAAGUUGUGUUAAACUAAAGGCUCACAGUUUGGGCACUGUUCAGUGAGAGUUGGUAACGCUGCUCUUUUCUUUUCUCUCUCUCCCUCGACGUUAUUAUUUUACUCCAAACAGUCAGCGGGUCUAUUUGCUCGGCUCGCUCUUACUCCCGGCCCCCGCUGCCCUCCGGCCUGCCUCGCUUCGCCUCCCUCUGACGUAAGCUCGAGAAGCCGGCGCGCACUCAGCCCGCAGCCGCCGCCGCCCGCCCGAAGCCUAAUUGGCGGGGCCGGAGCCACAGCCAGCGAAGGGGGAAGAGUACAGCGGGGUGGCGGUGGCGACUGCAACCGCACAAAGCGAGCGGGAGGAGGAGGAGGAGGAGAAGGAGAAGGAGGGGGGCUAGGCCUCCCGCCCCAAAUAUCCACCAACCCAGAGAGAGAGAGAGAGAAAAAAAAGGGAGGGGGAAGGGAGGAGGCGGAAUCCCGAGGGCGCGCCGCCUGAACGCCGAGGCUGUUAGGCCGGAGGUGAAGGCCGCACCUAGGCCGCGGCCUUGCUGUUCCACCAUAAUCUUACCACACACCACCCCCGCCUCCCUCCACCUUAAACCCCGUACUGGAGGGGGGGAAAAGAAAACCUACCACCGCUCGACAUAAAAUCUCGACGGGCCGAAGAAAACAAUCGGAAAGGGGGAAAAAAAAGAGGAGGCAGACCCCAAGACUGUGAAAGCGGGAGGGAAAAAGACUGCGAGCACAGUAUGAGGGACAGACUUCCAGGAGUGUAAUAGGCUUUCUUUUGCCCCACUUUUGACACUGAUGAAAACUACAUUAUGGAUCAAGGAGGGGGAGGACUUGAGUUACAUUCACAAGAGUCCAAAGUGUCUCAUACUAUGAUCAUGCAAGACUUUGUGACUGGAAUGGCUGGUGCUGCCCAUGUUGAUGGCGAUCACAUUGUUGUAUCUGUACCUGAUGCAGUGCUGGUCUCUGAUGUCACUGAGGAAGAAGUUACACUAGGACAUGGUCUCCCAACUAAUAUUCACGAAGUUGUGCAGGGUCCAGAUAUUAUAGCUGAAAAUGACGUUGUUACAGAAGGUGUGAUUGUCUCAGAUUCAGUACUAGAGACUAAUGUUACUAUGGAAGAAGACUUGAACACUAGUUCCGUUCCUGACCAUGUCCUAGCUUCUGAUCUUAUAACUGAGACUGUUGGUGUUCCAGAUCAAGUACUUGUGUCAGAUCUUGUAUCGGUGCAGGAUGAGGAACAUUUUGAGCACGUGGUUCAGGAUUCAGUAACAGAUGUUCUCUCUCCUGGAAUGGUCUCCGAAGAGGUUAUGGAAGUAGAUGCUGUUUCAGAGACUGUGAUUCAAAACCAUGAUUUAGUAGUUCAAAAUCAAGAGACUGUUUCUGACCCACCUAUUGAAGCCCGAGUUGACGGAAAAGAUGCAUCUGAGGAUUUCUUAAUGAUAUCCUUAGGUGAUGUUGGGGAGAAGCUGGACCAGAUGGGAAAUGCACCAAUAAAAAUAAGCACUGAUAUUGAGCAAGAUGAUUCUUCCAAAGAAGAUGGGUUUGGAGCUGAGGUCAUCAAAGUGUAUAUUUUUAAAGCUGAACCAGAAGAUGAUGUGGAAAUAGGUGAAACUGAAGUUAUUACAGAGAAUGACUAUCAGAACGGUCACACCAUAGCUGGAGUACUCGAACAAGGAAAUGUUGGUAGAAUGUCUCGGGAAAAGAUGGUUUACAUGGCGGUCAAAGACCCGGCUCAGGAAGAUGAUAUUAAUUGUGCUGAUAUUGCUGAUGAAGUUUACAUGGAGGUAAUUGUUGGGGAUGAGGAGGCAACAACGGUCCAUGAGACACCGAUAGAAGAUUCUGGCAUCAACAAAGCCUUUGUACCCGUCGCAUGGGCUGCUGCAUGUGGUAAGAAAUGUAACAAUUUUGAGACAAAGAUAGAAAACAAGAAUGGCACUUCAAGUCAGUUCCUACAAAUAAGUGAUAGCACAAACACUACCAGAGUGCUGAAGCAAAAAGCAAGGAAAAAGAGGCGGGGUGAUGGCAGACAGUGGCAUACAGCUGUCAUCAUAGGUCCUGAUGGACAGCCCAUAACAGUAUACCCAUGUCACAUCUGUGGAAAGAAAUUUAAAUCCAGGGGUUUUUUAAAAAGGCACAUGAAGAACCAUCCUGAGCAGACCACUAAAAAGAAGUAUCAGUGCACAGACUGUGACUAUACAACAAAUAAAAAAGCAAGUUUUCAUAAUCACUUGGAAAGUCACAAGCUCAUCAACAAAGGAGAGAAAACAUAUGAGUACAAUGAGUACGGAAAACGAUUUGCUCAGGCAGGAGCACUAACUGCUCACAAACUGGUCAGUAGGGAAAAAGAAACUAAAAUGCAUAAAUGUAAAUUUUGUGAUUAUGAGACAGCCGAACAGGGUCUUCUCAAUCGCCACCUGUUGGCAGUGCACAGCAAGAAUUUUCCACACAUCUGUGUGGAGUGCGGAAAGGGAUUCCGUCAUCCAUCAGAACUCAAGAAACAUAUGCGAACUCACACAGGAGAGAAACCGUACCACUGCCAGUACUGUGAAUACAGGUCUGCUGAUGCGUCUAAUCUGAAGACCCAUGUGAAAACUAAGCACAGCAAUGAGCUGCCAUACAAAUGUGACCACUGUCCUCAAACAUUUUUGGAUGACAAAGAUCUGCAGAAACAUGCCACUUUAUUUCAGGCACAUAGGACCCAUCAAUGCCCACAUUGUGACCACAGAAGCUCCAACUCUAGUGACCUUAAACGUCAUAUAAUAUCUGUACACACCAAGGAAUUCCCACACAAAUGUGAAGUAUGUGAUAAAGGAUUUCAUCGUCCAUCAGAGCUGAAGAAACAUAUGUCAACUCAUAAGGGUAAAAAGCUUCAUCAGUGCAGGCACUGUGAUUUCAAAAUUGCAGAUCCUUUUAUACUUAGCCGCCAUAUUCUUUCAGUCCAUACUAAGGACCUUCCUUUUAAAUGUAAAAGGUGUAAGAGAGAAUUUCGACAGCAAAGUGAGCUUAAGAAGCACAUGAAGACGCAUAGUGGCAAGAAAGUUUACCAGUGUGAAUAUUGUGAAUAUAGUACUACGGACGCUUCAGGCUUCAAGCGUCACGUAAUAUCUAUUCACACAAAGGACUAUCCUCACCGUUGCCAGUUUUGCAAAAAAGGCUUCCGUAGGCCAUCGGAAAAGAACCAGCAUAUAAUGCGGCAUCAUAAAGAGGCUAUAAUGUGAUGCACAGACAGGAAAAUGUUUUACGCAAAAUUUAAUAAUACAUUUAAUUGGCACGGCUCGUGAACUGUUUCUCCUGGUCUCAACUUGAAUGUUGUUUCUCAACCUACCUUUCAUUCUUUGUAUUAUAAGUUUUUAAAAGGUACAGGAGUUGGGAAGAGGAGUCAAUUGUACAAAUGUUUUAGUUUCUUCACACAAUCUGACUAAUAGUGUUCUGGUUUGCCAUAAUUGUGAAGCCAUUCAGCAAGUUCUCUGUUCUUGACAACUUGACUCAAGUUUAAUUCAUAUGCAGUUGAAAAAUAUUGUAUUCUAUGCUACUCUGUGAAACUCGUAAUUAGACCUUUAAAAUUGUUUCCAUUUCAUUGUUAAUCCUGGUAAAUACCUGAUUUACGGAACAGAUGUUAAAAAUCUAUUUUUAACUUUUUUAAAUUCAAACAUAAACCCCAAUAGUGAUUUUUAACAAAUAGCCCGGCAGAUGCAAGUACAGACCACUUUUCAAAAAGCUUAAUGAAAAGACUGGUUCAGUGGAUGCAAUGGAACUCCUUUUGAUUCACUCCUCAGUUGCUACAGCUUCCUACAGACUUAUAUUUUACCAAAGCAAGUGUAACUCAAUGUAACCAGUGUGGAUCUGUGCCAUACUGUUGAGAAUUGGACUGUUUUCUCUCAUGGCAUGAGUGAUUCUGUGCAUCCCUUUUCAAAUACUUUUAAUCUGCGGAUUAUAAUAUGGGCGUACUUUAUGAAUAAAGCAAGCUGGUUCAGGGCUAUUUAAUCGAUACAAAUCUUGUUUUGACAUUGUUAUGCAUAUAAUGUAUAGGAAGUGGUAUGAUGGAUAUAGUUUUUUAGCUGGUUACUGCUCACACAUUAAAUGGUUGUUCACUUUGUGAAUUUUUAACUUUAUUCAUUGUGUUGUGGUAGUUUUUUUGUGUUUUUUUUCAUAUGUUGUCAAUUUUUGUUUUGCACCAGAUGAGAAUCAGUUGCUCGAGAAUUCAAAAUGUUCUAUUUCCAAAAUACAAAAUGUUAAUUUAGUAAUGCCUCUUAGAUUUUAAAAAAAAAAACUUGUGUUUUAUGUGGCUGUAAAGGUUGUACACUCUGUAAAAUAAGAGAUCUUUUGUCACUGUUCUGUGGGAUUACUAUUUCUAAAUGUUCUUAAUGUGAUGAGUAUAUCAAUAAACUGCAUCUGUUGCACUGAAAGUUA